GGCGCAGCACGACCAGGUAUGUGGCACCUCAGCACACCUGAGAUGUGAGCACCACUUUUCUACUGGUUGCAGGAGCCAAACCUGCUAAUUUUGCCACAGAGAUCUACCUCAUCGAAAGGUCCCGUCCCAUCUCUUCUUCAUGUUGGCUUUUGCACAGAACAGCUGAACGUACUAUCGGGCGAGGGACGGAGUUUAGAAGUCCAAGGGAACCAGGUGACGAGUUCAUUCUGUCGGCCACCAUGGCGGAAAAUAAUUACAGCUGGUGGAAGCUGACCUUCCUCCGGAAGAAAAAAUCCACCCCUAAGGUUUUGUAUGAAAGCCCCGAUAUCUACGCUGUUGCCAACAACGAGAACCAGCAAGAGGGAAUGCCAGCAGACAGUGGCAGCAGUGGCAGCAGUGAGCGGGAAUUCAAUGCCCGGCUGGAAAAGAUCGUGGACAAGAGCACCAAAGGGAAACAUGUCAAAGUCUCCAAUUCAGGGCGUUUCAAGGAAAAGAAGAAAGUACGGGCUACGUUGUCGGAAAACCCCAACUUUUUUGCUGAUGGCGAGCGGGAAGAAAAAUGAGGGGCAUGUGAAGGAGAGAUGCCCUUUAUAUGCCCUCAUCACUUGAGGACGUUUCUCUGAUCGUGAGAAGCCGACGAGGCAUCUAUUUUUUUGGGUACAUUUGCAAAUGAAGUUAACGAGGGGCUAGCUGGGGCUCCAGGAACAGGUCCUGAUUUUCACGUGAAAAAAGAGAAGGUUCAGGAAAAGGAUGAACUUUGUUAUUGUUGUUGUUGUUGUUGUUGUUGUUGUUGCUCUUUUCUUCUUUUUUAAUUUAAGGAAUAAAACUAAUAAUAUUGACACAAAACACAAGUUUGCUGGCUGAUCAGCAAUGGGGAGAAAGGAAAAGGCAGGGGUACCCCAGAAUGUGAAGCACAGGGAAAGCGUAUUCAGAAUUGUUCCAUGCAGAACAAUUACCCCUGGAUACCUGUUAGCCAUCUUGUUGUCCUCAUAAUCAGGGUAAGUAGAGAGCAGAUAUCUUUGGCA